AUGCUUAAAUCGGAUGUUUAUCUUGUUACUGGUGGAGCCGGUUUUAUCGGUAGUCAUUUGAUUGAUCAUUUACUUGAACUUAAUCUUGGUCAUGUUAUUUUAUUAGAUAAUUUUAAUGAUUAUUAUUCACCUCGAAUUAAACAACGAAAUAUUUCUUUACUUGAAGCUCGUUAUUCAACUCGUGUACUUGAUGGAAGUUUUAUUAUUGUUCGGGGUAAUAUUAAUGAUGAAGAAUUAUUAAAAAUGAUUUUUAAUAAAUAUAAAAUAACACAUAUUGCUCAUCUUGCUGCACUUGCUGGUGUUCGUUCAUCAACAUCUCAAAUUGGAAAAUAUAUGGAAGUCAAUUAUGCGGGUACACAACUUUUACUUGAUCUUGCUGCUUCACAUAAAAUUACACAAUUUGUUUUUGCUUCAACUUCAAGUGUUUAUGGACAGACAGAUAAAUUACCAUUUGUUGAAACAGAUUCAUGUGCACAACCAUUAUCACCUUAUGCAGCAACAAAACGUGCUGCAGAAAUGUUAGCAUAUGUUUAUUAUAAUAUUCAUGGACUUAAUAUAACUAUUUUACGUUUAUUUAAUGUCUAUGGUCCACGUGGUCGACCUGACAUGAUGCCAUUUAAAUUAAUGCGUGCUUGUAUUGAUCCAACAUGUGUUAUUGAUGUAUUUGAUGAUGGUGAAAUGAAACGAGAUUGGACUUAUAUUGAUGAUGUUAUUGAUGCAUUUAUAAAUGCACUUGACCAACAAUAUGGUUAUGAAAUAAUUAAUAUUGGAUGUGGAAAUCCAAUAAAAUUAUCAAAAUUUAUUGAACAUAUUGAACAAUUAUCUGGUAAACAAAUAUCAAAACGUUCAAUGAAAUCACAUAAAACAGAACCUCCAAUAACAUAUUGUGAUAAUUCAAAAGCACGAAAAUUAUUAAAUUUUGUACCAAAAACAAGUGUAUAUGAAGGAUUAGAAAAAACAUGGAAUUGGUUUCAAGAAGAAUAUAAUAUUAAAAAUGAUUAA